AUGCUCCACCGUCCAAAGCCUAUUCCAAUGUGUUUAUUUGAAGCCUACUUCGACAAGGAUGUUCCAGAUCUAUUACAACAGAAUUUGAGAAUCUCAGAAUCCGGAUAUUCUAAAACAAUGCCUUCUAUAGUCGUUAUUAUUGAGGGAGACGGUCCUUCAGCAUUCAAGCAGCGUCCGCCAUCGGCAGUGAUUCGCCGAGAAAUGUUCAAACUCCUGUUGCCGGAGCUUGUGAGGAAAUACGCGAUUCUGGGGUUAUAUCCUGUGCUCUCAAAAGGAUCAGUGAGACUUGCCCUGAGACCAACACCCCGUGGUUCAUCACCAACAUCAUCGGGGUCAAUUGUUGCUGGAUCCGCUGAACAAAGAAUCUUCAAGAUGCCAGGGCCUGAAAUUCUCCAAGCAGUGUGGCCCCAUCUGGUACGCGAGUCUGCCAUUUAUGGACUGAUUCCAGUUUUGUCGAACGGAAGUGUCGGAUUUGUCCCGCAAUCAGUACCGUAUGGUUUCAGUUUUGAAGGAUUGGCUGCUGAGAAAAUCGAAGCUGCUUCUUCUAGACAAUCUGAACCUUGCUCAGUGUUGGAUUGCAUGGCUGGAAAUACUGUUAGCUUCAAAUAA